GUGCUGCUGAGAAUAGCGUAAGUUGGACAAGUACUCAUUUUGUUUUACUGGACAUUGUACUGUACUCUCACUUCUUUUUUUGGAUACCUAAAACUUCCAGCGCUGUUAGAGCUGGCAGCAGCUAGAAGAAGCCAUCUGUCCACCAUCCACUUCAGCUCUGCAGCCAGUCACUGCCUUCCUGCAAUGCCUCUGUUUCGGGCUGUUUUGAGUCAACAUGGUGGGGCGAAGGCUCGGGCUGGGAAGAGGAAGGUGAGGAAAAUGAAGUGGAUGGGGAGCUGCAGGCAGACAGAAGAAGACGGCUCCAUCCCUUCGUUGACACGGCUGUGUCUGCUUAGCCUUGCUGACAACAUGAAGGAAGUGUGGGUGAAGGAUUAUGCUGACAAAUACCUGGAUCAGUAUUCAUUCAGCUACAUUAUGGGACCUUUCAACUUACUGCCGGGUGAUCUGGUGGAGGAGCUCACACGGCUGCUGUGCACCAGAAAACAGUUGUCCCGGGCGGCUCUCCACCUCCUGCUGGUCCCCCAACUCCGUAACCUGUCUCUGGAGAGGUGUCCUGGUCUGGUCACCUCCGCCCUCUGUUCCCACAUUGCUGCACGUUGCCAGGGUCUGUGGAGUAUGGAUCUAUCUGGAGCCCAGCAACUGCCUUCAAAAGUCCUGUCUGAAACUCUCUGGUGUCUACCUGCUCUCCGCUCUCUCUCCCUGGCGGGUAUGACAUGUGACAGAUGUGUGGUCAGGACGAUUGCCCACCGCUGCCGUUUGCUGCACCAUCUAGAUGUAUCCCGCUGUCAUUUCCUUUCCCCUGCUGCCCUACUUCCUCUUGCUGGCGGGGCUUUCUGCUCAUCCUCUGCAAGUCCCUCUAGCUCAUCUUCCCCGUGCACCUCUACAUCUAAAUCUCCUAUUUCCUCUGACCCCUCCUCCUCCUUUUCUGCACCCCUGUCUCCUCUCCCCCUCCGAAGUCUGCUGGCUCUGGAUACUGGGUUUGGGGAACAAGAGGGAGACCCUGUGGCAGCAGCUGCCUACCUACUCCUCUCCCUGCCCAGCCUGCAGACAGUGGCCUUGGAUGGCCUUUCACAGGCCUGCUGUAUCAUUGAUCGCAAAGAGUUUAGCCAGACAGAUGAGUUCACUGACAGAGAAGGCGUUCCAAGGCUGAGGGAGGUGUGGAGGGAGAUGAAGCUUAGGCAGGGCACUGAUAGUUGGAGGAACAAAAGAGAAGCAGCAGCAACAGAUGAAGAAUAUGAUGAGGAGGAGGAUGAGGAGGAGGGGAUAAUGUGGGAAGGGUAUGGUGGUGAGAAUGAGGAAGAUGCAAGUAGAGAUGAAGAGACAAGUUGCUCUGUGAGCCAAAAGGGAAAAAGGAGAAAGAGAGUUUUGUCACAGUCAGGUGAUGAGAGCCUGAUCCUGAACCUAAAGGACGUCAAGGGCUUAACUUGUGACGGUCUGAACAGUCUAGGCCGUUUAUGUCCAGACAUCUGCUCCAUAUCAGUUAACGCAGAUGAUCAUGAAGAUACUAGAGGAAGAAACCUGCAUUCUCUGUUAGCUGCAGGGCUCCAGACCUGGUCAGGCCAGCUGCAGAGCCUCUCUAUACACUUCCCAGGCCCGCUGGUAGCUCUCCUUCCCGCCUUGCAAGUUGCAGGCUCCUCCCUGGUCUCUCUCACCCUGGAGGGGGUAAAAACCAGCCCUCACACCCCUCUACUGGAGGUCAUCGGGGCCUGUCCUAGACUCAGAGACCUGCUCAUCUCUGCUGAGCCUCCCACCUUUCCACAAGAAGAAGAAGAUGAGGUGAAUCAGCACAAUGAUCGGGAUCUUCCACGGCUGCCUAAGCUCUGCUCUCUCACACUCAAUUUCUCCUACACUCAUAGCCAAAUGAAGCCUGUCAUGUCCUGGAUGUCCCUGAAGACGGUGCUCAGGUGUCUCCUGAGUGGUUCUCCUUUACUGGAGAAGCUCUCACUGGUCUCCCUGCCCUGCCCUCUGAACUGCGUUUUGCAGGAUGUACUGCGCAUGGGGGGCUUGAACCUGUAUCCUUCUGCAGGUUCCACAGACUUACCUCCCAUGCCACUUGGACGGGUACAGCACAUUGACCUGCUGCGGACAGAUGUGGAGAUGACAACGGUGGGAAAUAUAAUGCAACGGAGCAAGAGACUGGAGUUUGUGGAUGUGAGUUACUGCUGGCAAAUCAGUCAGUUUGAGUGGUUGCACUACGAGACGUUCAGUAACAUCCAAGUUGUCUGGAAGUAGUGAAGCAAUGGCCAGCUUCCAACACAGGAAGCAAAACUGUGGAGGGUGGAUAAACAGUGCUUUAAAUCAUUCAAAUAAAAUACAAUUUACAAUUUUUACAGUGUCAGCUGCAGUGGUAUAUCAGCUUGUAUGACUAUAACUGUAAUUUUUGUAAUUUUUGCAACACAGACACAGAUUGAUCUUUCUGAUUUUGCACUGAAAGAUUCCCAUAUGCAGUUAAUUCUUGUCUCAUAUCAAAACACUUUGGACUUAUUCUUACAGUGCCUGGGAUAUAUUGCAAUAGUUUUGUAACGUGUAGUGUGUUUUAAAUUUCUUCACUAUCAUGUUUUUCUAAGGUAAUUGUGCACUGAAGAGAGAGCAUGUGAGUCUUGCGUGAUUAACCCCUGUGGUAUUAUGUCCUCUCAGUACACUACCAAUAAAGAAGAAGUAACAUGUUAA